AUGAGGCCACGUAGAGACCCAGAAAGGCGCAAAUUCAUCAACACCUCAAAACAAGGAAAACUCGCCGUCGAAGGUGAGGCUCACCGUCGCUUGCCUCUGGUGCGUUUCGUGUUCAGAAUCAUCAUGGAGGGUCAGUCGAGGAAGUGGAUGAUCUUGGUCGCCACUAUAUGGAUUCAGGCAUUUACUGGGACGAAUUUUGAUUUCUCUGCUUAUUCGUCGGAGAUGAAGGAGGUGUUGGGGGUGUCGCAAGUGCAGCUGAACUAUCUCGCAACGGCGUCGGACCUUGGGAAGGCGUUGGGUUGGUCGUCGGGGCUGGCUUUGAUGUACUUGCCCUUGUGGGUGGUCAUGUUCAUGGCUGCUUUCAUGGGUUUGUUUGGUUAUGGUCUUCAGUGGCUUGUCGUUCGGAAUAUCAUUGCCUUGCCUUAUUUUGUGGUAUUUCUACUUUGUCUGUUGGCGGGGUGUAGCAUCUGUUGGUUCAACACUAUCUGUUUUGUUCUCUGCAUUCAAAACUUCCCCUCCAAUAGACCCCUUGCAUUAUCUCUCACAGUGAGCUUCAAUGGUGUUAGUGCAGCCUUAUACAACCUUGCUGCAAAAGCUCUCAACCCAUCCUCUACUGCGUUGUACCUUCUUCUCAAUGCAUUCAUACCCCUCUUCACCUCCAUUGCAGCCCUCGUCCCUAUUCUCCGACAACCCUCCUUGGAUCCUCUUCCCCUCGACGCCAUUCGUCUUGAUCAGUUCAUAUUUCUGUUAUUGAACUCCUUAGCAGCCAUUACUGGCCUCUACCUUCUUCUCCUACAUGCAAUGGACUCAUUGGCAGCUCGUUGUCUCUUCGGUGGUGCCCUUUUUCUUCUCGUCUUGCCCUUAGGCAUCCCGGGCAUUGUCUAUGCUCGAGAAUGGUUCCACAGGACCAUUUAUUCAAGCUUUAGACUUGAAGGCUCGAGUUUCAUUCUUGUUGACGCUGAUGAUCUUGAGCUACAUAAAGAAUUGAUUAGUCGUGAGGGUGAUUUAGCAAAUAAAGAGGCAUUUGCUGGUAAUGAAAAUGGAUUGACACUUGGUAUCACCAGACAAAACAACACGGGGGGUUGUUGUGAGACGGUGAUGGAAAGGGAUCGAUUGGUAAUGCUCGGGGAGGAGCACGAGGCUCGAAAGCUCGUUGGACGGUUGGACUUUUGGCUGUACUACUUUGCUUAUUUGUGUGGGGGUACAAUUGGGCUAGUGUACAGUAACAAUUUAGGGCAGAUAGCAGAGUCACUUGGACAGAUUUCAAAGACCUCAACCCUUAUUACUAUCUAUUCAUCCUUCUCUUUCUUUGGUAGAUUGCUUUCAGCAGCUCCAGAUGUUCUUAGAAGGAAGUUCUACUUCGCGAGGACUGGGUGGCUGGCCAUUGCUCUUCUACCCACACCAAUAGCCUUCUUCCUCCUCGCUACAACAGUCAAUGAGACUGCACUGCACGCAGGUACGGCCCUAAUCGGUCUGAGCUCCGGCUUCAUAUUCGCGGCGGCAGUCUCAAUGACCUCCGAGCUCUUCGGACCUAACAGUGUAGGUAUCAACCACAACAUUCUCAUCACCAACAUCCCCAUCGGCUCACUCAUCUACGGGUUCCUUUCUGCACUUGUAUACGAUUCCCAUGCAAGCUCGAGCUUGGCAGCCAUGGCCGACAUGCUCGUGUGCAUGGGGAGACAGUGUUAUUUCUUCACUUUUGUGUGGUGGGGAUGCAUUUCUGUGGUGGGAUUGGCAUCAAGUUGGGUCUUGUUCUUGAGAACUCGGCCUGCUUAUGAUCGGUUUGAACAAAACCGAACUUCUUCAAUGUUGUACUAAUGGUUUUUGUUUUUAGUGUUGUCCAGAAGACAAGUUAACUUGGUGAUUAGGUCUAAGCGAACAGUUUGAAAAGAAGAUAAAUUGUUUAGAGUUGUCAUUGUUUACUUGUAUCAUUUGAAUUUUGAAA